AAUUUCUUUUGUAAAUUGCUAAUGGCUAUUGCUAUCUACUGGUGUCUUUUAUUGUUGGAAUGCUUGCCUCAAGUUUUAUCUUUGCUCCUGGUUCAGACUACCCCACCUUCUCCUACUCCAGUAUGCCCUGGCAGUAAACUAGUAUUCACCUGUUCAACCACAAGGAGCAAUUUAUUUUUUGGGAUAGGAUUAAGACCUGAUCGUGUAUACGUGAUAACAAGUAGUAGCAGCCCAGGAACAGUUUCUGAGAGUUUCUAUGUUACUGCAGCACAAGUUGGUAACACACUAGAAUGUAAUUUUACAAAUGAAUCAGUUCCUUUACAAUUGGAUGGAACUAUCAUCAAUUGUUCAGAUGACUAUGGAUCAACUCUUAAUAGAACAGCUGUUCAUAUAGCAGAUAUACCAGAAUCAGUUAAUAAUACUAUGGUAUAUCCUAUUAGUGAUGAUUCAUUAUUCAUCGAUUGGAGUGCUUCAGAAUCAUUAUGUAUAGAUUACUAUAAUGUUACUAUUAUUAGUAACAACACAAAUUCUGAAUCUAUUACUACUAAUAGCACUAAUGUAACAAUUGAUUCUCUCAUUACUGGUACUGAUUAUUCAUUUAUCAUUGUUCCUGUUGAUACCGGUGGACGAGAAGGACCUCCUUCAACAAUAGAGUACACAGGGAAUGUCAGUGUAAGUACUACUGUUAAAAGCAGUUCAAUUAUUACUACUGAAAAAAUCUCAUCAGUGACAACGUUAUCAGUGGACUUAAGUAAACAGUUAACUUUAAUUGGAAGCGUAUCAACAAAUGCAUUUACAUCAUCAGUUACAGCCUACACUAAUUUACCACAAUCAUCAACAAUGUCAGCACAAGCCACAUCAACUGCCAGCAAUAGUCUGGCUGGUCUGGACCAGUCAGUCUAUUAUAGCAAUACAGCCACUCCUACUAGCACUGAUACUGGCUCAAAUAUUGUCCCUAUUAUAUUGGGAGUUAUUAGUGGAACAGUAGCAGUACUCCUAAUCAUAUUUGCAAUAUUGAUGAUAAUAGUGGCAAUCAAGAAGCACAGAAGUAAUAAUGUAAAAAAGGACAGCUCUACUACAGCAGGUAAUUUUGUCUCUUUAGACCACUCCAGAAUUCCUCUAGAUUUGAAUUCAGCUUAUCAAAUACAUUAUCAAAAGGAAGAGACAUAUACAGAUGACACUGUUAUUGAGCAGUUGUUGAUCAAAUAUUUAAUACCGUCUUCACAAAUUGAUAUACAAGAAGCCAUUGGCCAAGGUGAGUUUGGAAUUGUUUAUAAAGCAACUAUGAAACCAAUGAAUAAAAGUGAACAAGAAAUUGCUUUAAAAACACUCAAAGGAGAAUUUUCCCAGAGUGAUGUCAAUUCUCUUCUUGAAGAGUGCCUACUGAUGUCAAACUUUGAUAAUCCUAAUGUGCUGUCUCUCAUUGGU